ACUGCCGUGUUCCGUUUCAGUCGCUCUCCUUCGCCAGCUGCGUUUUCGUCCGUCUCUCCCACAAAAAGGAUUUGGUGGCUUCCCGGCUCCUUUUGGAAGCCCUUGAGGGAGUUCCUGAUGUGCAUCGGAAUCCAGGUGCCUCUCCUGAAGCACGAUGCAGUGCUUCAGAAAACAGUCCAAGCUCAGCAAAGCCCAGGAAAAUCGGCUCGUGGAGGAGAGCCAGAGAGUGGCAGCUUUGAACGGGCAAAGGCUGGGUUUACAAGACGACCAUGACCUCAAGUUCCUGCUGCGGGGAAGUCAUCUCUUGAAGGUCAAGUCCAGCUCCUGGCGACGAGAGAGGUUUUACAAGCUCCAGGAGGACUGUAAGACCAUAUGGCAGGAAUCCAAGAAGAUGCUCCGAUCCCCUGAGUCACAGCUCUUCUCCAUUGAAGAAAUCCAGGAUGUCAGGCCAGGUCAUAAGACUGAAGGGAUGGAAAGAUAUGCCAAGGAUGUCCCUGAAGUUCGUUGCUUUUCUAUUAUCUUCAAAAAUCAGAAAAAAAACCUGGACCUCAUUGCUUGCUCUGAAACUGAUGCAAAUCACUGGGUGUCUGGCCUGGGAAAAAUCAUUGCAAAAAGCAAUUCUAUGAGCCAGAGGCAGAAAUUACGACACUGGAUUCAUGCCUGCCUGUGGAAAGCGGAUAAGAACAAAGAUAACAAGAUGAGCUUUAAGGAACUCAAAGAUUUCAUGAAGGAAGUCAACAUUCAGCUGGAUGACAGCUAUGCCAGGCAGAUCUUCGAGCAGUGUGACAAAUCCCAGACUGACACGUUGGAAGAUGACGAGAUAGAGGACUUCUACAGGAUACUGACAGAGCGGAGGGAGAUUGACCGCAUCUUCUCUGAUCAUGCGGAGGACAAGCCGGUCAUGUCACUGGACCACCUGAUUCAAUUCCUGCAAUAUGAACAGUGCGAGGAGGACGCUGGCCCUGAACUGGCACUCUCUCUCAUUGAGCAAUAUGAGCCCAACGAAGCAGUCCAAGGUCAAAAAGCCAUGAGCAAAGAUGGCUUCCAGAUGUAUUUGCUGUCUGUGGAUGGGAACGUUUUCAAUAAAACUCACCGCCAGGUGUACCAGGAUAUGACUCAACCACUCAGCCAUUAUUACAUUUCAUCUUCGCAUAAUACCUACCUCAUGGAGGACCAGAUAACAGGGCCCAGCAGUACUGAAGCCUACAUCAGAGCUUUGACAAAAGGUUGCCGAUGUGUGGAGCUUGAUUGCUGGGAUGGCCCGAAUUCAGAGCCGGUCAUCUACCACGGUUACACGUUUACCUCCAAGAUCCUCUUCUGCGAUGCCAUCAAAGCCAUCAAGAACUACGCUUUCAAAAUCUCUCCGUAUCCUGUCAUCAUAUCCCUGGAGAAUCACUGUAGCCUUGAUCAGCAGGAGACAAUGGCACGCCACUUGCACUCCAUUUUGAAAGACAUGUUGCUGGUGGCACCGGUUGACUCCAAAACGACCGACUUACCUUCCCCAGAGCAAUUAAAAGGGAAGAUUCUUGUGAAAGGGAAGAAGUUAAGCCCAGAAACGGAAGAGGUUUCAGACGAGGAUGAAGCAGCUGAAAUGGAAGACGAGGCUGUGAAGAGUGAGGUAGAAAAGAAGAAGGUGAGCGACAAGUUAAAGCUUGCAAAGGAGCUGUCUGAUACUGUCAUCUACUGCAAAAGUGUCCACUUUCAGGGAUUUGAAGACACAAAGUCCCAGCCUUCCGAUGAAAUAUCCUCUUUCAACGAAAGCAAAGCCCUUAAAUUGGCUCAGGAAUCUGGAAUUGACUUUAUCCAUUAUAACGUCCGGCAUCUGAGCAGGAUCUAUCCAGCGGGAUGGAGGACAGAUUCAUCCAACUAUAACCCUGUUGAGAUGUGGAACAUGGGUUGCCAGAUAGUUGCCCUGAAUUUCCAGUCCAGGGACUCAGAAAUGGAUGUCCAUCAGGGCCGAUUCCAAGAAAACGGAUUCUGUGGCUAUGUCCUAAAGCCAGAAUUUCUUCGAGAUGAACAGUCCAAAUUCAACCCCAAGUCUAUCAUGGAAGGGCCGUGGUACAACCCUAAGAAAUUCCAGGUUAAGAUCAUCUCCGGCCAGCAGCUGCCGAAGGUCAACAAAAGCAAAAAUUCCAUUGUGGACCCGAGGGUGAUCGUGGAAAUCCACGGUGUUCCGAGGGACAAUGGGAAGAAGCAAACCAAAGUAAUUGAUAAUAACGGUUUUAACCCAGCCUGGAAUGAAACCUUUGAGUUUGAAGUCGACGUCCCCCAACUUGCCCUGGUCCGCUUCGCGGUGGAAGAUUUUGACGCCUCGACAAAAAAUGAUUUUAUCGGGCAAUUCGCAGCCCCCUUCACGAGUCUGAAGCGAGGCUACCGCCACAUUCACCUUUUGACGAAGAACGGAGAUCAGUACCCAUCUGCCACGCUCUUUGUGCAUAUCAAUAUUUGGGACAAUUGCUAAAGAAGAGACAGACUUCAGGGACCGCCCAAGGAAUCUCUUUUUACAUUUCCAGAUAGACUUUUGAUCCCCACAGCCUGCAAAGAAGAACUCAACUCUCCGGAGGGCACGUCGUGGGCUAAGCCUUUCCAUCCACAGCAUAAUGCAGGCUGAAUCUAUACACUGGAAAACAGCUAGAAAAUAUUACC